AUGGAAUCCUCGCCCCUUGCGAGAAAGCCCUGCGGAACCACACAGACAAGGGAAAUGAAAAAAAUUUUUGACCAGGCACAGAACCUCGUUUUUGAUACACCUUUUCAAAAAAAGCGUUUUACUACUUUUUUUUAUCUUCCUACAUCUCUGCGCAGGGGAGUUCCGGAUAUCUGGCACAUGAUCGGUCCAUACUACCAAAAACUACUCUUGCCUUGUAUCUUUCCUCUUGAUUUUCGCGUGAUGAUUCUCGUUUUCGACAAACUUGUGUUCCUUGUACCUACGACGGAUGUACUUCGAACAGCGGCACGAUAUGGGGAAAAAAUCAUACAACGCCACCAGUCACGUCUGCACAUAAGCUUCUGCCGGUUGCCGCAGGAAUUCGGAUAUUGUGGAAGGAGGAAAAAAAAACAGAUCUCCAUCGUGGAGAAGAUGAAUGAUGGCGGCUCCGGUAUUGUUGCGGAGCGGCGUGACUGGCUGCAGGAGUCUGGUUACUAG